AGGGAGUGCACUGCCCCUUCUUCCUGCGAGGCGGUUGGUGCCUUAGCAACUAAACCUAGCAACUGGGGAAUCGUCUAGUGCUGAGGAUCUCCGCUGAAGGGCCUUGGAAACCUUGAGCUCACACUGAGCAGUUUCCAGCCUCCUGGGCAAGGGAACAGUCUCUUCCCUUGCCUGGGACUCUGGAACCAUUUCAUUCUGGUGAAAGUAAGAGGCACCGUAGGACCAGAAGCCUUUCGCGGAGAAAAGGCUGACAUGCCCGUCCUAUUUGACAGAUUGAUGAAGCUAAAGGAAAUGUUUAACUCUAAGUUUGGAUCCAUUCCCAAGUUUUAUGUUCGAGCACCAGGAAGAGUCAACAUAAUAGGAGAACAUAUAGAUUAUUGUGGGUAUUCUGUUCUUCCUAUGGCUGUAGAACAAGAUAUGUUAAUAGCGGUGGAACCUGUGGAAACACAAACUCUUCAACUAGCCAAUACAAAUCCCUUGUACCCGGACUUCAGUAUUAAUGCUAAUAAUAUUCAGAUUGACAAAACCAAGCCUCUGUGGCACAACUAUUUCCUAUGUGGAUUUAAAGGAAUUCAGGAGCACUUUGGUCUUAGCAACCUGACUGGAAUGAAUUGUUUGGUGGAUGGAAACAUCCCACCGAGUUCUGGUCUCUCUAGCUCCAGUGCUUUGGUGUGUUGUGCUGGCUUGGUGACUGUCACGGUGCUGGGAAUGAACUUAUCCAAGGUGGAACUUGCGGAAAUCUGUGCCAAGAGUGAGCGUUAUAUUGGCACUGAAGGAGGAGGGAUGGACCAGUCCAUAUCAUUUCUUGCAGAAGAAGGAACUGCCAAGUUGAUAGAAUUUAGUCCUCUGAGGGCAACUGAUGUGAAACUCCCAAGUGGAGCAGUGUUUGUGAUUGCCAACAGUUGUGUGGAAAUGAAUAAGGCAGCGACUUCACACUUCAAUAUCAGAGUGAUGGAGUGUCGGCUGGCUGCAAAGCUCCUGGCAAAGUACAAAGGCUUGCAAUGGGAUAAAAUACUGCGGCUAGAGGAGGUGCAGGCCAAACUAGGGGUCAGUCUGGAAGAAAUGCUCGGGAUCGUGGAAGACGCCCUUCACCCUGAACCGUAUAGCCCUGAGGAGGUCUGCAGGUGUUUGGGAAUUAGCCUGCAGGAGCUUCGAACCCAAGUUCUGAGUCCAAACACUCAAGAUGUGCUCAUCUUCAAACUCUACCAGCGGGCAAAGCAUGUGUACAGCGAGGCUGCUCGGGUGCUCCAGUUUAAGAAGAUAUGUGAAGAAGCACCUGACAACACGGUCCAGCUGCUGGGGGACUUAAUGAACCAGAGCCAUGUGAGCUGCCGGGACAUGUACGAGUGCAGCUGCCCUGAACUGGACCAGCUGGUGGACAUCUGUUGGAAGUUUGGGGCUCAAGGGUCACGACUCACUGGAGCAGGAUGGGGAGGCUGUACAGUAUCAAUUGUACCUGCUGACAAGCUGUCCAGCUUCCUAGCAAAUGUGCACGAAGCUUAUUACCAGAGGAGCGACCGAAACUUAACAUUCGAGAAACAGAGUUUGUUUGCUACCAAACCUGGGGGUGGGGCUUUGGUUUUCCUUGAGGCCUAAACAAUGUAAAAAAUCUCAGAGAAACUAUUUAGGGCAUUUAGGAACUGGCAGAACUUCUUAUGCCACAGUAAAUUAAUCCUCUUUCUGUUUUGUAUUAUGAUGAACGGUUGCUAUUAUCAAGAUGUAUUUCCAAAGAAACGGUUGAAAGCUCUCUAUGCUUCAUAAUGAUUAUUUUUCCAUCUUAAACUAUGUUUUCUACCAAUAAGAGCCAAAAUUAUGCUUGGGCAGAUCUUUUAAGGAUGAUUUACUGACAUUUAUUGAUUUCAAGAUUUUUUAAAGAUGAAUUGGUAAAAGACAUUUAUACUGACCUCAUGGAUUAGACUUGAGUUAAACAUGCUGCUACAAUUAAAGGGAUACAAUUGAAUUGUAUGAUAUAUUCUUAAAUACAGUCCAUUUCUGGUUUCUUGACACUCUUCUUCUUCACAGUUGUAGUCUUCUGUUGAUGAUGUUGAUGAUGAGAGUGAUGCCAGAAACUCUCUCUCAGUUCGAGCUUCAGAACGCUAUUAAAAUAAUACAUAAUGAAAGACUCACAAAUUUUCCUGGAUACUUGAAUGUGAGGUUACUACACUCACUAAUUAUCAAGACGAGAAGAAUUACCUUUUUUUUUUUUUUUUUUUUUUUGGCCAAGAUGGAUUUAGGCUCAUUUACUUUUUAAAAGCUAUGUGAUAUCACAUAAACAAUCACUUUCAAUUCUUUCAGCCCUCAGCUGUCUCUGUCACUUAAAAUAGAGAAACUUAGAUAAAAGACACUCUACACCUUACCUCUAUUCACACUAAAAUAGUUAUCUGGAUGAUAAUUCAGAUAAUUCAAUUUGUUUGUAGAAUUUACUUUCUUCCCACUUUAUGCUACCUCUUCUCAAAUGCCUCUGAUCCACAGGGCACGCUUACUGCUCUGGGAAACCCCAUCCAUGCCUCGCAACCCUUUGGGGUGUGUCUAGCAGGUCUCAUUUGUAUGUGUGGAACAGUGUAGGACAGGUAUACAGGUAUGUGGGUAAAAGUGGGUUCUGGGAUUGAGUAGGGGUGUUGGUGAGUCCUUAUGUGUUCAUCAAAAGUGGGCAGAAAUGUUUAGCCAUGUGGUGAUGGUAAGUGAAUGGCUUUCUCACAAGAAGGUCUUCCUGAAUUACAUGAAGAUUUAAUCCAAAAAGUAAUUUGCUGCUAUAACCAGAUAAUUGAGACAGCAGCAGUCUUAUGGCAUAAAUUAUCCAGAAAAUUAUCACACUUUUGUAUUAUUCGAUGACUGUUUUGCUCAUUAAUGUGCAUCUUAAACACUAGACAUCAUCAUCUUGAAUCUCAGUUUUGGAGAGUCUGAGGCAAAGCUAGUUUUAAUAUUUCUCAAAGGACAACAGUCCUAUUUAAAGGACUCGGAAAUCCAUUCUAUUCUAAAAUAAACUGCAGGUGCAUUUUCAUCUUGAAAGAAAGGUAAAC